AGUGUUGUCACAUCAGGAGCUGCUGCUGCACAGAUUUAGUCUUUCUGUGAUGAACAGAAAGUAGAGAUUCAACUCUUACAUAGCAGUGUCUCCUAACGGGUAACAGCCCUCGAGCAUUUAGAUUAUUUUUUGAUAUAAUUCUUUAUUUAUUGUCGCAAUGCUCGGGUUUGCUUGCCUCCCCGCCGCCCUGCUCCUCUUGCUCCUGUCCUGCUGCGGUCCUGCCCGGGGAUAUUUUGCAGAGGAGCGCUGGAGCCCCGAGUCUCCGCUGCUCGCUCCCCGGGUACUACUCGCCCUCAUCUGUAGAAACUCCGAGCACUCUUUGCCCUAUUUCCUCGGUACUAUUGAGCGCCUCAACUACCCCAAGGAACGAAUGGCUCUGUGGGUAGCAACGGAUCAUAACAAGGACAACACUACAACCAUUCUGCGGGACUGGCUUGUGAAAGUGCAGAGCCAUUACCAUUAUGUGGAGUGGAGGCCAAAAGAGGAGCCUAGCCAAUAUAAGAGUGAAGAAGGUCCAAAGCAGUGGACAGAUGAGCGUUACGAGCAUGUUAUGAAGCUUCGGCAAGUAGCCCUGGAGUCAGCUCGUGAAAUGUGGGCGGACUACUUUAUGUUGGCGGACUGCGACAACCUCCUCACCAAUCCCAAUGUGCUUUGGAAGCUGAUGAAAGAGAAUAAAACCAUCAUUGCUCCAAUGCUGGAAUCCCGUGCAGCCUAUUCAAACUUCUGGUGUGGAAUGACCUCCCAGGGCUACUAUAAGCGCACUCCUGCUUACAUACCCAUAAGGAAGCAGGUUCGACGGGGCUGUUUUGCCGUCCCCAUGGUCCACUCCACCUUUCUGAUAGACCUCAGGAAAGAGGCUUCCAGACAGCUUGCCUUUCAUCCCCCACACCCAGAAUACAGCUGGGCUUUUGAUGACAUUAUUGUGUUUGCCUACUCUGCUCGGAUGGCAGAUGUCCAAAUGUUUCUGUGUAACAAAGAAACGUAUGGUUACUUUCCUGUGCCGCUGCGAUCCCACAAUACUUUACAAGAUGAAGUUGACAGUUUCAUGCACUCCCUGCUGGAGGUUAAUGUGCGCAAUCCCCCAGUGAUGCCCUCCAAAUACAUACCUGUUCCUAAAAAAAAACCUGAUAAGCUGGGCUUUGAUGAGGUGUUCAUGAUAAACCUGCAGAGGCGAACGGACCGCAGAGAGCGCAUGCUGAGGGCGUUAUAUGAGCAGGAGAUUGCAUGUAAGGUGAUUGCAGCUGUAGAUGGAAAAGCCAUGAAUACGAGUGAAAUCCAUGCUUUAGGCAUCCACAUGCUUCCUGGAUACAGUGACCCAUACCACGGUCGCCCGCUGACAAAGGGAGAGCUUGGAUGCUUCCUUUCCCACUAUAAUAUCUGGAAAGAGAUAGUGGAGCGAGGUCUGGAGACCUCCUUGGUGAUUGAAGAUGACCUGCGUUUCGAGGUCUUCUUCAAACGUCGCUUGAUGAAUUUAAUGAGUGAGGUGGAAGAAGAAGGACUUGAUUGGGAUCUCAUUUACAUUGGCCGUAAGAGAAUGCAAGUGGAUCACCCCGAGAAAGCAGUGCCUCAUAUACACAACCUAGUGGAGGCUGACUAUUCUUACUGGACACUAGGAUAUAUGAUGUCAUUACAAGGUGCAGAGAAGCUCCUGAGGGCAGAACCACUCAAUAAGAUUUUGCCUGUGGAUGAGUUUCUGCCCAUCAUGUAUGAUAAGCACCCUGUAUCUGAUUACAAUGAACAGUUUGAAACCAGGGACCUGAAGGCUUUCUCAGCUGAGCCUCUUCUUGUCUUUCCAACACACUACACGGGCGACGACGGUUACAUCAGCGACACUGAGACCUCCACCGUGUGGGACAAUGACAAGGUCCGUACAGACUGGGACAGAGCGCGCUCGGGAAAAACUCGCCAGCAGGCAAAGAUCAGCUCCGAGGCGCAGAACUCAGACGUUCUCCAAUCACCUUUGGACAGCACAGCACGAGACGAGCUAUGAGAGGAACUUAAAGAGAGAUAAAUGUGGUGCUGUGUAGGACAAACGCACUCGAGUGUUUCAACCAUGUUUCAUCUUUGAUAAUGUAUCACAGCAGGGAUGUGGCAUCAGAGUUUUGAGAAUGAUUUAAUUUAUCCAGAUGUGACAAGUCAUUAAGGGAUCAGUUUUGUCCUGUAGUUUCAUGCUGUCAAUUUGUAGUUUUUUAUUUCAUCAAGGCACUAGACUUGCCAUGUUGAAUGGCAUUUGCAGUACCCGUUAUCUGUCUGUCAUACAGAAAUUAACCUAUACAUAGUUAAGAAUGCAAUCAGACUGUAACAUUUCAUCAGGCAGUAAAUUUGUCUUUGUUUGAAAUUACACUGUGAAAUGCCUUUUUUAAAUGAAUUCCAGAGAUAUGCAAGUGAACUGUGCUACAGCUAGAAGGUUCAAAACUUCUGUUUAGUAUGCCUUACAACAGUGUGCAAAUGUUUUAAACCAUUAGUCUGAGUUUUGUAAAGUAUAUCAGGAGAAAUAUCUGCGUUUUCUUUCAUUUGAGUUUUUUAUCCUUGUACACUUUUCUUAUUUCUGUUGUUAUAAUCUUUAGUCAUCACUAAAGAUUCUCAAAGCAGAACUUUUACAAAGCAGUUCAAUCAAUCGAUCUUUAUUUGCCUAGCGCCAGUUCAUAUCUGAGGACAAGGAGGGCAGGUCUGGGCUGCACAGUUGCAGUCAACCAAAACUGUGUAGACUUAUACAGUAGAGUAUAAACUAAUGCACUCGUGCUCAUUUUCCCUUAUUGCCACUUUUGUAUGGCUUCCAGACUCACACUGUGAACCAGCUGUUGACAGGGUUACAGAUGAGACAAACCACUGUACACGCCUCUAGUUUGGUGGUGUGGGAGGAACAGGGUUAUAAAAAGAACCAACCCAGCCACAUCUGAGCUCAUUUAAGUUUCUCCACCUCUUAAUCACACUUGGAACUGAUUUCAAGCUUAGCUGCCGGGAAGUUAAUUUUUUAAAGGAUAAUAGUAGGAACAUUCAGCCAUGAAUUGUGCUCAAACUAACAAGAAAUAAAAUGUUUUAUUUUUGAAAACGCUGAAUUUGUAAUCACUUCUCCCUGCUAUCAAACAGGUGUAACUGCUUUUCCUGGUUGUUAAAAUUGUUGUUGUAACAGCUGAACACUGUAGCAGAACCAGAUAAUGUAAAACAAAAACAGAUGUUAUGAACUACAAUAUUAUACCUAUUUACACUCAAUGGAAGACAAAAAUGUUUAAUAUCCUAUCUUUUAUGAUUAUUAUAAUGAGAGCUGGUAAGAGCUCUGCUAAGGGUUAACAAGCCCUCUUCUUUUUUCUCCAUUAAAGACGAGUGAAUGGCACUGUAAGUAAUAGGAAAAAAUGCUUAAGAAACAAUGUAAAUAGAUUUUUUAUGUACUAUGAAAUGAAUUGGCAUAACAACACUAAGUCUACAAUAAACAGUAAGUUCAAAGCUUUUAUGUUGGACCAAAAACUGAGGAGGAAGUAAGGUGUGUAAUGGCCCACCUGAGGGCACCAUUAGGUGGCAGGGAGGAAUAAAUACAGGUUAUACUCUAGAUGUCCUUGCAAUAUUAGCAGUUACAUAUUAGCAGUGACAUUAGAAAAUAACCUGUUGAAAAAAUAAAGUCCACACCUGUAGGGUGGAGUAAGGGGCCUUGAUUACUGUAGUAGGAUUCCCACAAGCCCCUGGUCGGGCUGUGGAUGCCCCACGGGCCCAACACCCAAGUGUUUUUUAUAGCAGAAAGCAUUUUGUUUGCAAAAUGAUUACAUUGAAACUAUGCAUUGGCGAUGAAACAUAGCUACUCUUAGAUGUUUCUGUGUGUUGAAAAAAUGUUCUCACAGUCACUUACCAUCACAUUAGAAGUUUGAUCCAAAUAACGGGGCAAAGUCUGCUAGGAGAAGGCCAAGGACCCAUUACAAAAAGACAAACUCUCAUAUACAAACGGACAAAGGUCUUCGGGUGCCACACUGUUAAACCAACAGGGACUGUAAUGACAUUGUAUUCAAAUACAUGUGCCUUGAUAUGGAGUUGCCCCCCCUUUUGUAGCUA